AUGCGCUACCGCCACGCCGCCCUCUACCACAACUUGGAAGCAGCGCUGUACGCAAUGCCCCUCAAACCUAAUACGUCCUACCUCGUGCGACCCAAUCUGGCGACCUUGGAGCACUUCGCCCGUUAUGUCACACCCCUAGACAGUCCUUCUCGCUUCCCAGCCCCCGACGACGUCGAGCACACAUCCACGGAUUUCAUGUUCAUAUACUGCACAGGCAGUGACGCCAGGGAGGGAGGUCAUAUACACGAGUGUGAUUGCUCUCAAAUCGUGCCAUUCGGCGGCGAAUGUCGCAACAGCAAUCUGAAGGCUGUUCAACAACGCCGAAUUCAGCGGCGCAAGCAGUUUCUACAAGUCGAGGAGCAAGCGGGAGAGCUAGGGCAAGAUCAAGAGCAUGAUCAAGAGCGUGAUCGAGAGCGUGAUCGAGAGCGAGACCAAGACCAAGCACAGGAGCCUGCAGCAAGAGCAGGAGCCAGAAAAAGAAAGCGUCAAGCCCCAGAACCAUUGUCCAAGCAGGCGACCAAACGCGCCGCAACCCUUGCCCGGCACACCUCUCGACGCACUGUGCUAUUGCCUCGCCCAGACACUGCAACCCGUUCAGCUAAGCGGCGACGAGCUUGUCCAAGCACGCAAAACCAAGCUUCACCCGACAGCCUGGCAAGACCUCCACACAUGAGUCUCUUCACGCCUGAACCCCUGCCGUGUCUACGGUUCACCCGCGACAGUUCCUGUUCCGCGAAUAUCGAUGCCUCCCGCUCGAAUCGCCAUGCUAUCCCCAGCGCCCCGUCUGGCCUCUAUCAGCAGCUUCGCGACGACCACGCGCCACCUCAGCUCCCAACAAGUGUACGUCCGAGUGGUCCUUCGAACGUGCUGGAAUCUGGGAAUGUCUAUUGCUAUCCUGACCGCCCGUCUGUCCUCACAGCUCACGGCACUCCGCACACCUCUACCUCGGCCGCCUGUACGGAUCUCAACGGCACCCCGUUCCCCUCUCCUUACUAUGCCUCUCCCCCGUUUCAUUGUCAGCCGUCAGCAGCAGCCUUUCCCGUCGCUGAGCCUGCACACAUCUUCUCCGCUACCAAUCUCAGGACGAGCGCCGGCUCAUUUCCCGACCUGUCAUUUGGUACUGGCAAUGGCGAAGCUGCUGGCACGCCGCCCACGGUCACCGCUACCAAUCUUGUGCCGGAUCUGCCAUGUGGUUUUGGUAAUGGCGAAGCUCGCGGCCCAACAGCCACAGAGAAAUAUGGCAUGGAGCAGGUCCCGAAGUCGUGGGGGUCUGAGACAUGA